CAAAAAGGUAGCAUUGUAUCUGCUGCGCGGAUUCAAAAACACACAUCAUUUCUGUAAGACGUCUGACAAAUACAGUCAUUUAAAAUCGGCUCCUUUCGAAAAAUUCUACACACAAUGCUGACGGUGUUCGUAGUGUUGUUCCAACUUUCCAGUUGCUACGCACUUGGGAUUUCGGGUGCGGAUUUGCCAGGGAAACGACUACAAAACCACGGCGAAAUUCACAAGGCGAAAAAUCUAAUCGAUGCAUUAUCGUUUAAACUCCAUACCAAGUUCGAAAAGUUCACGUUGCAAUCGAACGAGAAUUUGGUGCAAAGUGCCUCAAUUCGAGACGAACUCAAGAUGCUGAACAAGUUGAAGGGACUUCUCAAUGAUCUUCUGAAUAAAAGUUCCGUCUGCGAAAAGUUCUACACAAAUUUUGAUUUCACCGCUGCUCGUGAAAUUUUGAUAGAUUCCAGCGCGUCAUUACAAAAAGAUUAUACUGUUGCAUUACAAGGUAUUGUGAUUAUUGUCGAUCAGUCUAUAGAACAGUUUUUAAUGUUUUAAAGUCUUUAGAUAGACUUCUUGAUUCUUAUCAUUAUUAUGCUUGAUGGCGUGUGGUUAGUUUAAGCCAAAACUUACGCCGUUUCAAUGGAAAAGCUGCUUCAGUAAGAGCUAUAUAAUCUUGUUGUUGUUGUUCCUACAGUAGGAAACUAGAAUACUCGGAGAAAAUAUGCGUUGUAAAUAUACAAGGAAACCAAAUGAAUUGGUAAACGCCGUUUCCGUGUUCAGCACUGGCUAAGUAAUGAGGCAUGACUAUCAAAUCACGACUAGCAUCUAAAUUAAUUAUUAUAAGUAAUAGAAUGCACAGUCAACAUUAACCUGGUCUUCAAUUCUGAUUCAAGCAUUACUGGCCAGCCUGGUACCCGGCUCUAUACUCUGUAUGAACAGCGAGGACGUUAUUCUACGACUUCAAGACGCCAUCGAGCCACGAUAAUGACCUAAAUUAUGCAUGCAAAUAUCGCAUCAUUGAAUGCGCCGACAAUAGUGUAAUACAUAACCGCUUAACCGAAAAUUUAAAACCUUGAUUCGAUAUAUCCGUAUGGGGAACUAGUGUAAGAAAUACGGGAAAUUAUACGAGGAAAGUUAUUCCGGACAUGGACAUGACAACCAUGGAAAGUGAUGGAGAAGCCAAAUUAAACAGUGACGACGAAUUCGGCAAAGAAUAGUCGCCUAAAGCAAGAAGGAAACUAAAUUUGAGUCCUCAAACUCUUGGAAAAUAAAACGAUAUGAAUGUUCUCUUUAUAUUAUUGUACAUUGAAGUUGCUGCAUGCGUUUUGAUUGGUUAAUAGCUUACAGCUAAAUAUGGCAAUGUUGAGCCAACGGUAUGUAAUUUUAUAGCAUACGAAUACAUAUUUCUCGUCUCUGUGGUAAAAGCAUGUGCGUGACGUCACUAAGUACAUGUUAGGAGAAUUUCAAUGUCGAUCUUUUCAGUAAAAUUGUUUACUAUGUAAUAUCAUAUUACCCAACCCAAUCCCAGGCAUGAAUAUUGAAUGUUCCCUCAUCAAUCGUUUUCAGUGAACCACCGUGAGUUGAUCGACAAUAAUCUGGCGCUGGCAAACGGUAACGACUUAAGGGUGUAUUUCCGAAAAGAUAAAGACUGCAGACCAAGAGAAAUUGAUCGAGUCUUGGAAAAUAAUGCCACAACGAAGACAAGAGUGCUGUUCAAACUUCAAGAAGACUUGAGCAAAACUGUUCGUGAUGGAUCCGCUUACUACUUGGUUUAUGGUAACGUCAUUAUACAAAUUUAUCCGUCAAGAUUUACAAUCAGCGCAUGCGUAGUUCGUCUUAGAGGAUGAACGUCGGAAUGAGGAUGAACGUCAGAGGAAUUAUCAAACGAACUACUUUCCGACCGGAAACGAACUACUUUCCGGCCUAAAGGCCUUGCUGCGUUUUUAGGUGCGAUUUCGUCGUCUGAUUCAUGUGGACGAGUAGAUUAGUUGUAAAUGUUUUGAAUAUGAAUAUUCAUAACUCACAUACUCAUUCACACCCAUGAGCUUGAAAAGUCUGAAAUGAUACAAUGAAUAUUUGUACCCUAUAAGAUAUUAUUUUAUCACUUUUAAACAUUUUGUCGAACACGUCCAAUUCAUGCAAACUGCGCAAAAAAUACGAAAUCCUCAAUUCAAAUAUUUUAAAGAGGAGAUUCAUAGCUUCCCAUGUGCGAUAUGUAGCCAUGUAGACUUGCCCCAAGUCGACUUGUGCUAACUAAGUUGAAUCGCGUACUAAUCAGUCGAAACACGUACUAACGACGAAGUCGCGAAGCCCGCGAGAGGGCGAGCGAGCGAGCGGACUUUGAGAAAGUCUAGUAGCCAUGCAUAAUAUUUUACAGAUUCUAUAUUUUUCCAGGAAACAAAGACGCCGGCAAAGCAAAGCAAAAUCCAGAAAAUGUCUACUUAUUCUACGACGAUUUCUCCGACUCAAUCCUGGAGAAAAAGUGGCAGAAAAACUGGGGCGAUAUUCGUGUAGAAAACGGUGUGUUGAAAUUGAGAACUCGCCAAACGCCAACCCGCGAUAACGGCGAAAUUUCAGUGUUUAUCAAACACGGCCAUGAAUGGGAAGAUAUCGAAGUAGAACUAGACUUUAACGAAAGAAAUACCGGGCCACAAUACCCAGGGCCAUUUUUGAGAGUUCAGGACGCGAGAAUUCAGAGCACCACUGCGUGGUGGUUUGAAUAUCAAACAGGAAGCAAAUAUUGUACCAUGAGACCCUUCAAGAAUAACAAGGACGGAAGUUGGUUAUACCGGGGCACCUUAACUAAACCGCUGUCUGCAGGAUCAUGGUAUCACGCUAAAUAUCGAGUAGUUGGUGACAGGUUUGUAUCCUAUUAUUUUUGUAUCCAGUAAAACACGCAUAAAAGAACAGCAUUGCACUACAUAAUAAUUGCUAUUUAAAAACCUCCGAAUUUGAUAAAAUGUAUCCUCGUUGAGUACCAAACAACUUUUUGCAUUUGCAAUGAUAUUAAAUCAAACAUAUAGCUGCCAAUACCUUGGCCUUAGAAUAUGCAUCGUAAAAGUUUUUAAGACCAGUCUCACUUGUCAGUCUGAAGUGCUUCUUGAAUUUUGGGUGCUCAGUUCCACUGGUUCUUUUAUGUGGUUGUAUCAAUCCCCACUUACUGGAUUUCGAAGUAAAGGCCUGUCCACAAAAUACGUGCCGUUUUGAGGGAGGAAAGUUGGGUGCUUAAAUUAAACAAGAGUUACAUAUUGUCGGAAGGGGGAAAGCUGGCUAAUAAUUGACUCAGAGUGACGUAAUUUUCAAAAUGGGGUAAUAAAAACGGUCACAUUGCGUCAUAGGGAGGUUAGGGGGAGGGAACAAUCGUCAAAAAAGCUUCACGUAUUUUGUUAAAGAUCUGUCUAGUAUAAUUAAGAUAUUUUAGUUAAGAUUUAGUGGCUUAUCUUUGCUGUCUAGGUUUUCGCACUGGGUGAACAACCAGCUCAUUCACAACAAUGUAAAGGUUUCCCGACAGUGGAUGAUUACAAAAGGCACCUUGGGUUUGGGUUGUCAUAAGAGUAAUAUUGGAUGUCACACAUUUUAUGAUAACAUCAAAAUAACAAAAUAUGUCCCUGUUUCUGUAUCUGUAUCUCUAGGUAAGUUCCACAGUGUAGGUUGAUAAAUACGGACCGCGUAAGCAUGUACUGCGACGCGAUGACGACAGCUAAUAACAAACUUUUUCAAAUAAAUUAUUGUAUUAUUGAAUAAACGUUCUUUGCAGGGGCGUGGCUGGGGGGGGGGGCUUGGGGGUGCGACGCCCCCCAAUAAUAGAGGGGUGUGGGGUGUUACACCUCAUAAUUUUGAGAAAUGUCCAAAAAGUUGGUCCCAAGCGGACAAUUUUGUCGGUCCCGAUCGUCCGGUAUAAACAUUACGCAAACUGGUUGUUUCCAUUUCGUGUCCAAAUAAAUUAAUAAAUUUUGAAAGGUUAUAAAAUGUUUAUUGCCAAAACUAUUUGAAUCAGCAUCGUUUCUGUGCUCCAUAUAUACCGAGUUGGUCUACCAAUUUAGUUUGAAAAGGACCGAACGAAAGAGGUAAAUGAGACUCUGAAAAUAGCAUUUUCGACGAUCUAGUAGGGACUUCAAUUUUGCAAAAUUUUUUUGACCUUCGCACUUUUUAUACAAUCACCUUUCAAGUAUCACAGAGAUAUAUAAACGUAAUCGUGGACAGAAACAUUGAUCGUAAAUGGUUCCGGCACACUAAAGAAAUGCCAUUUCGAAGAUUCGAACGUCAAUGCAAUUCCCCCUAGAUAUCCGCGUCGCUUCCAAAUGUAAACACGUAAAAGUUGGUCCCGAAAUAUUUUACACCCCGCCCUAAAAAAUAUUUUGGGAUGUGCGCCCCUGCGCAGAGAUACUCGAAAUGCUCUGGACUGCACAUUUAACAAGCAGCCACGAUCAUCUCCCUAUACUGUAUAUAGUCGAAUGAAUCUAUAUAUUAAAGAAUUAUAUAGUUUGAAUAAAUAUACCGAGUGUAUUUUUGAUUAAUAAUUAUAGUUAAACAUUCAUCGUUAGCUGAUUACGUAUGAUUAAUAUCGUGCAGAUUACAUGAAUAUACAGAUUUGCGUGAACUCCCCCAAAGACCAAAUAACUCAAAAUGUUAUAGUGCUUCAAAUAUUUGGAAAAUUUAAACUAGGAUCAAAGUUAUCGGUCAGUGAAAAAUCGAUGAAAUCGCGUCGCGUUGACGAAUCGCGUCCGGUGUGUCUGGACCUCUAGUGUUCGCAUUUCGGCUUACAAAUAUCGAAAGUUUUGCCAAAUAAAUAAACUCUGUGUCGUCCCCAGUCGCUUGCUCAGUAGAGAUCAGUGGCCGAUAGAAAUAAGUGAGAGACAUAAAAACAAAGAUAGGAAGGGGAGAAAGGCCGAAGCCUCACUUAAAUUUUCAUAGCGCCCACACACGGUCGAGUGAUAACAACGAAUAACAUUCGUACAUCUCUAGGAACUGAAUGCAAAGUUGAUCUAAAGAAGUUUCACGGGUUGGGCACAUCCGAAAAGAAUCCUGCAACAUCUUGCAAGCAAAUACAUGAUGUGUCGUUGAAAGAUGGAAAAUUAGACAAUGGCGUGUAUUGGAUCAAGACAUCCGCUGACCGCUCCGUACGGACUUACUGUGAUCUCACAAAUGGUGGGUGGACAUUGGUGGGAAAGGUCAGCGGUUUCGUCAACAAACUGUAUAAGUUUUGGUUGAUAAAGAAUUAUAAGGUGGUGGCAUUGAAUAAUCCUGCUUUGCCAAGGUAUAUAUACCUUACAUAUAUGCAUGCCAGAGUGUAGAAUAACUCAGCUAGACUAAUUCUAGCUAGGAGGAAUGCUCCCUGGAAAAUUUUGAAAUCUGAGAUGGCAUUUUUUGUGUUCUGAAGAUUUGACGUCAGAACCUAUGUCAUUUUCUUCAUCAGGCAGUGAAGAGUUGUUUAUUUUUUAUUAUAGCAAAGUUGGCUGCAUCAAUGCGCGUUACCUAGCAACCUAUCACGCGUCAACUGUGAUGUUUUCCAGCGGUGAUAACCAAAAUGGUAUCGGUUCAAAGUGGGUGCAAUGGCCGCUACCUCAAGGACGAAAAAGCGACAGCCUCUGGACACACAGUGUUGGUAGAACGACUGUAUCCAAAGCGAGGAUGUAUCCCGUCACCGUUAAAGCCUGGAACGGAAAGGAACAGGUUUGAUACACUAGAUGUAAAGUAGAUAAGUUUGGUUUAUUACUCUGGUCCCAUGCAAAUGGGAUCAGAGGAUUUAAAAUGAAUAGCUUUCCUUGGGGAAAGGGGGGGGGGGGGGGGGGGGGGGGCACAAGCUAGCAUUUCCCCACUUUCACAGAAGGCAACUGAUUUUCACAUCACUCACCUAUUCAAAAUGGUUUCAUUGCAAGAGUGGGCGAGACAUAGUUGCUAACUUUCGGAAAAGAGAUUUGUAGGAAAUUCGGGUUGUAGCUAUAAACCCAAAAAGCCUACAUCACAUGCUAGAAUAGAAUAGAAUAGAAUAGAAAGAGACUGAAACUGACGUCCAAUAUAUAGCUCUUCAAUUUCCGUCAUCUUCAGUUUUUCGAUUCGAGAUAUGAUAUAUGGAACCCACUGGUUUAAUUUAACAUACUGUACCAUUUUCGAUGCUGUUGUUCAAUGGCUUUCGGAUUUUCCCUGGCUGUUUUAGUGUGCCCACAUCAGUAAUAUCAAGAUACUCGAUUUCUAUACGUUAGGAUAUUUGAAGCUGGCAAUUAAGAACUUACCCUUAUAUAAAUAAAUACGCUGGAUAGUUGUGUGAUAAUUAAUAAUGGAGAAAUUGGCAACGCUAGAGGACUAAAACUUUUUUUUCACUUUUUUUCAUAGGUAUGCUACCAAAACAAAUAUGGAAUCUUGCCUCUAUCUUAUCAUGGCGGCUCCUAUCCCUCGGCUACACAUAACACAGCAGGAAAUACGCGCGUCAAAGAUUACUGCAUGUCUGUUGGCGUGCAGAAAACGGGAACAACUGCUGAUGGAUGGACUCAGAAUGGCAACGGAUAUGACUCAGCUAGGAGCGAUUCUGAUUGGCCAAAUUCUCAGUACAACCAUGUAUCGCCGUAUGUUACAGUGUGGUUAAAAUGAAGUUACAAAAACAUCAAACGGUUUCUUGUUAUGUUUAAUCAACGUGGACAUAUAUCAACCCAUUCAGCAUGCGCUGUCAAUGCCUAUACUAUACUACCGUUAAAACAUGUCUAUUAUUCCAGC